AUGCCAAAGGAGAUUAGAUCAGAACCACACAUUCAGCCUGACCCAGGUAAGUGUCUACAACCUCUUUCAAUUAGUAAAACUCAUGAGUUUUCUAAUGUUGCAGGAAGAAUAGGUUUGAAUCUUAAGCUCUCCAACAAAAAGAUCAGAAGUGAAAUCACAAUUUCUGUUGAGAAAGCUCCUAAUGAUGAGUUAGACCAUGAGUUCAAUCCAGAACCGAACAACAAGUGGAAGUCAAAAACAGAACAAGGAUACAGUCAAGCCAUGUCUACUGCUAAGCUAAGUGCAAUCUUAAACCAACACAUUCAUCCUGUCUUUUUAACUGUCUUAAUGCACUUGUCUUGGUUUAAAGAAGUUGAGAAAGGUACAGCUGAGCAAGAGAGACGCCUAGAAGCUCACAAAGCAUUAACUUGUCAUACCAAGGAGGAGUAUGAGCAACAUGUUCUUGAGCCAAUUGCCGCAGCUGAUUCACUAAUGAGCGUUUUGCAUAGUACACAGAGAAACCACCAGACUCUUAUCUGCGAUAUUCAAAGCAGAAACCCAAGGAAAAACAGUUUUGAGGACAAACUUUUUGAAGAGAGAGAGGAUGAUAUGAUUAUGGCCAGCGCCAAGGUCAAGGAGCAUGGACCUAAGCUUGAACCUGAUGGAGUUAAGGACUUAAAGCUUGAACCAGUGGAGCAGCUUGAACGUGAGGGAAGUAAGCUUGUAGCUGAGGAUGAGCUUGAACCGGAGCUUGUAGCUGAGGAAGCUUUAGCUGCACCAAUGGAAUUGGUUACUCAUUCUGGAGUUAAUCUUGAGCUAAAAUGGAGACAACCUGAUCCUAAACCUCCCUGGUUUUUGAUCCAAGCUCAAGAGAUCAGCAAAUGGGCAUGUGUCUCAUUUGUACUCUUUUUCCCUUGUCAAGUUUUGUCCCAAUGGGUUUUCUUGACAAGGAAUUAUGGUGUCCGAGAAAGAAGAAGACGAGGAAACAAGCCGAGAAUCACCUCAAGCCACAAUGAAGCCAUGCUUGAGAAGAUCAAGAAGAUGAUGAUUGAGGAGUUUGAUCGGCGGGAGCAGAAGAAAGAAGGAAAGCGGAAGCAACCUAAGGAUCCGGUCACAUCUAAGAAGAAACCGGUUGAGGAUCUUAGUGGUUACAUGAUGAUGAUUCCGCCAUUCCUUGGGAACAAUGAUCCGGAUGUAUAUCUGGAUUGGGAGAAGAAGUGCGAGAUUGCCUUCAACCGACAUAACAUAGCUGACAUCAACCGAGUAAAACUAGCAGCUAUGGAGCUCAAGUAUUAUGCUCUAAGUUGGUGGAAACAGGUUGAGACGGCCCGAGCUUACAGUGGAGCUUAUGAGAUCUCUACUUGGGGAGAAAUGAAAAGGGUUAUGAGGCAGCGGUUUGUUCCCAAUCAUUAUCAGCGUGAACUUCAUUCCAAGCUAAGGAAGCACAGUCAGGGAAAUCAUUCAGUUGAGGAGUACUAUAAUAGCCAUGGGAAAUCGAAACCCAAGCAGCCUGACAAGAUCACAAAGCCUUAUCCAAGACAUAUCUCUAAAGAAACAAGUCAUGAACCACAAGAAAGCACUAAAAGCAAAGGUAAGCAUUCUGUUUCUCAACAAUUACAAGAAUUAACUUUUUGCAGGUCCAAGAAAAGAGACCAUGUUUCUAAGGAGAUCCCAAGCAAGGUGAUCCCUUCCUCUAUUAGUCCAAAGCCUCUGGCAGCAGAAAGUGUCAAAGAAGUGCCAAAGGAUCACGCAGAGAAAAGUUUAGGUGCCAAAGAUGUUUCUGUCCAAACCCCCUGUUACGAACUGCAAGGCAACAAGAAACAAGAAAUUGUUUCAGUCUCUAACAAUGGAAAGGUACAAGCUAAACUUUCUCAAACUGUUUAUGAUGAUUCCAUGACUGGUAUAAGCAACAUUAUCGUCAGACACGUCAGACCAGAUAUUUCAUGGUCUAGUUGGUCCGAGCGAUAUCGUCACCCGACUCGUGAGAUCCAGAUAAUUCCGGAACUCAUCGGUCUGAGCGAUAUUACCACCUAA